AUGCAGAACCACAGCGACUCCAGUUUAAACUCCACCAGCUGGACUACAGCUAACCUGGUCAGCAGUGGCCUGAUGGGUCUUUGCUUCAUGAUUGGAGUUCCUGGUAAUAUUGCAGUAAUUGUUUUCAUAGUUCGGCAUUUCAAAAAGGACAAUUUCACCGUUCAUCUGAUGCUGAACCUGGCAGCUGCAGACAUUUUAUGUUUGAUAACCCUGCCUGUGUGGAUCUACAACCAACUCUACAGCUGGAGUAUCAGUCAGUCGUCCUGCAAGUUCUUCACAGUACUCGUCUACUGCAGCGCAUACUCAAGUGUGAUAACAGUAACUAUGCUGAGUUUGUAUCGUUGUUUACAAAUUCGGCAUCCACAGUGGUCCAGAAUGAGCAAGAGACGAGAGAGAGCGCUGCUGAUCAGCGGCUGGGUUCUGGCGCUGCUUUUCUCUGGUCCUGGUGUACUUACACAAGAGAUCGUUCAAGGUGAAUCCAAGAAAUCUUGUGGCAGGAUCUUGUAUUCAGAAAGGUACAGGCUUACUGUUGCCAUACUGGAGAUGCUGCUGGCUUUUUUUCUUCCUUUCAUGGUCAUAUUGACUUCAUAUUGCUGCCUGCAUCAGAAGGUGACACAGGGAGUGUUCAGCCACAGGCAAAGAUUGACCAAACUGGUGACCCGGAUUGUGGUAACUUUCUUCAUUUUUUAUGCUCCACACCAAAUUAUUAAUUUGUUUCAAAUUUUUGAAAUAGUUUUCAAAUCAUCACUACCAGUUUUUUCAGCUAAACUCCAUGAGAUUAGAAGUUCCACGGGUGACAUUGCAGGAAGUCUUACGUUCAUCAACAGCUGUGUGAAUCCCUUCCUCUAUGCUGUGGCUUCAAAGACUUUACGUCAACAAAAAUGA